CGUACUUAAUAACACGUCGACCACGUUUAAUUGGAAACAAUAUGCCAUUAAUUACACUAAAAUGAAGGAAUCGCUGAAUAAAACGGACUGGCCAAUUAAAUUCAAGAUGAUCGUACAUAUGACGUCUGGGUUUAUUUAUAUGUCAGUUCUCCAAUUGCAGUUGGCAACAAUUUUGAAGAAAAAUGCUGUUAAAGAUUAUGUCAAGUUAUCGUUUGGAAUAGCUCACUUGAUUUAUUAUUAUGCUGUAUUAUUUUUUCCGUCAAUAAUAAUGGAAAUGAUUUCUGAACAAAUAAAUAUCUUGAAAACCGAUAUUGCCAAUAGAGUCAUAACGUGUACUGAUGAAAGGCGACGUGCAAAUCUACGUCAAUUGUUAAGAUAUUUUCGAGAGAAACCAUUGAAGUAUUGUAUUUUCCGGGCAAUCCCCGUCGAUUCCCGAUUACCGCUUCAUUAUGUUUCACUAGCAGUUACAUAUCUCGUUUGUUUGAUGCAGUUGACACAUCUACUAGAAGAUUAAUCUUCGAUAUCAAUCAUUCAUUCCGA